ACCCUUUUUGACAUUACUCCGGCAUGUCUUAUUGCUGGUCCAUCGCCAAUUACAACGUCGCAUGAGAGGGGUUCUCGGUUCAUGCUGAGCAUGUGCAAGUCUUUCCAUCGCUCCCCAAGCCACGACGUCUUUGCGAUUCGCUUUCCCCGCAUUCCAUUAGCAUUUGUUUGAAUGAUCGGAUCGCCCUGGCAAAGACACUCUUGUUCUAUUUAAUACCGCCUCGACUCUGCGCUCUUUGUAUAGCUGCAAAGUUUGGCCACCUAUCGCGUGCCAGGGUACGUGAAGGCCCACAACAAACGACUUGUUCCUGGAAGUAUACCUGCACACUAUAGAGGAAGUAUCAGGAUGGACGACAAGGGAACAUCGACACAUACAGAUGGUGUAUACACCACGCCCCAGAAAAGAGGUGGGGUGAUGAACAAACUCUAUCCACCAGGCGAGAAGCCAGGCGUGAAAGGGCGCAUGAAGAACCACUGCAGAAAGUUCUGGUGGUGCGACCUUCUGGUAUUUGCGAUCAUCGUGUUGAUCAUCGUGUUGCCAAUCAUUUACGUUGCUAUACCAAAGAUAGCACAGCGCGAGAUCAAUGCUUCGACAAUAGAGGUCCUUUCUCAGGAAGUCAGCAAUCCCCAACCAGAUAGUAUCCAUCUGAAGCUCGACACGGUCAUCAGGAGUAAUAGCAGCUAUCACCCCAAGAUCGACGGUUUCCGCGGUGCUCUAUCCAUUGCAGGACAAGAACCCUUCUUGUACAUUGACAUUCCCGAGGUGAAAUCCGAGGCAGAGACACCCGUCACUGUUGACCAGGAACUCCAGCUCGCAAACAAAGAUGCCUUUUCAAACUACACCAAGCUCGUCCUAGGCAGCGAGGAAUUCUCAAUCCAUCUCGACGGCAAAACCCACAUCCACCUUGGCGGCCUUCCCACCAUGGACGUCAACUACAACAAGGUUGUCACAAUGAAGGGUCUCAACAAACUCGCCGGCCUCAACAUCACCGACGUCAGCAUCCUCUCAGGCGACAAACUCCUCGCUGACAACUCCAACCUCGUCGCCCAAGUCAGCAUCCCCAACCCCUCGGUCAUGACCCUCGACCUCGGCAACGUAACCAUGAACCUGGCCGUUGACGGCACGCCCAUCGGCUACUGUCUCAUCCCCAACGUCCUCCUCAAACCGGGCGCCAACACCUUCCCGCUCCAGAGCCACGCCGACCAGCUUACCAUCCUCGGGCUCAUCCAGUCAAAGUACAAGAACGCGGUCCUGCCGCUCCAGAUUUCGGGCAAUUCGAGCGUGAGAAAUGGAGAGCACCUGGUGUACUAUGAGGAUGCGAUUAAGAGUAAUGUUAUUAAUCUGGAAUUGAAUGUUGGGCCCGCGCUCGCGGCUGUGGGGAUUAACAUUACGAGUAUUGGGUAGGUUCAGAAAAGGAGAAAGAUGGAGGAGGGAUGGGAUGGAUGUAAUGUGGUUGGUGGUAGUUAAUGGUUGGAGAGAUGAGGGUGUGUUGGGAGGAUAGUAUAGUGAAGUGCUUGUGUGAUAUCCCAUCGUUUGUAAAAAGUAUCAUUCGUUAAC